UACUUAUAUCAAAAACAUUAUUUACUUCCAAAGUCUAUCUUAUUAACUAUGUUUUAUCAAUUUGUCAUAUUCGUAAUUAUGUGCAUAAUCAUAAUAAUAAUGCCUAGUUAUACCAAGACAAAAAGUAACGGAGAUUCUCUUAACGCUAUACUGCUGAAGUGCUCAGAUAAUAUCCAUGAAGACAAGCCAUGUGUGCCCCAUUUGAUUAUUAACAUUGUCUUUGCUCCCAAUUUAAAUUCAGAUAAUGUGUAUAAGCUUCUAAUACUGGAUGAAACUUACGAACCCUCCACACGUCAAUCCUUAAAAAUAAUGUCACCUUAUAUCAUAGUAGUUACUCGAAGUGAUCCAAUAAUUACUUAUCCGCUGAAGUCCUCAAGUUGGACAAAUUCAAAUAAUUUUAAUAUAAAGCAACCUGGGCAAGAGAAUAUAUAUGUUUACGGUAAAAUAAUUGAAAAUAAAUCGAAUUAUUCAGAGCAGAGUCUUCGAGCAACAAAGAACGAGAAUACUAAAAUCGAGAACUCAAAUAUUAAUGAUAUUGGAAAGAAGUCUUCUGAAUUUUGUGACCAAUCGAGAAUACACCCAACACCAACAGAUGAGGAAUAUUCCAUCUUUAAUUUAAGCAUACCACAUCCAUUUUUAACAGCUAAAAUACGAAUUUUCAGAAAAAGAAAAACAAUAUGGUGGAGGAUUAUUCCAAUAAUUUUAUUAAAUAACUUGUCUGGAACAUAUGUAAAUGGAAACAUUUCAGCACUGUUGACAUCUCACAACGAUAUUCUAGACAAAAAGGACCCAAAAUUUCUGGAAAAUUUUAAGCUUUUAAUUCCAAGCAGCUUUAUUGUGAAUUCUGAUAAACUAAAUGGGUUACAAAUUUAUAAGAGCAUAUUUCACCAAUUUCUAAAUAAUAAUACAAGCAAGUUUUUAAAUUUACUCAAUGUUCAAAAUGAACUUUCCCGAAAUAAUGAUCGUGGAUUCAGUUCAUCUCCAGCUAAAAUUUUAUCGAAGUGUCCUGAUAAUAAAAAUGCAUUGUGCUUAAAUGUCUUAGACGAUCAAGUCCCUGCAUUUGAUAUCAAAAUAAAAAUGCCAUUUGUAGAAAACGCUGCACAACAAGAUGCUUUGAAAGUCAAAAUUUCAAGAAUUGUAACUGAUGCCACGACUAAAGAUGCUUUACAAAUUUUUGUGGAUGUGAUAAAUAAAGGAAUAAAAGCUCAUGAAUUUCUAAUAAGUAUUAAUGGCUGUCCAUUAUCUGAAACCAGGGCAUCAACAACGGUGACAAAAAUACUAAUUCCCUAUAUUUCUGAAACAAUAACAUUCUUACUGCCUUUUGUAAUGGGACUAAAGAAAAAUGUCAAGUAUAAUUGCGACGGAGUGAAUUAUUAAUUCACAUAAUUUAUUGUUAUCCAUGUCUUUUUUGCAAACGUCUCUAAGCUUUGAUAAUUGCAAUAGGAGCAAUUGUAUAUUGUUCAAUUCAAAAAUAUUUUCAAACUGUUGAAAGUGAUAAUUAAACGUACACAUAAUCACUAGCGUUGUUCUAAAUUAAAAUAUUAAAAUUUGAAUUUUCAAGAAACGGUGUGAAGUUACUCAUAUACAAAAUUUACGUUCAGCUUUAGAAUCCUCCAUUAUAAUACGAACCUAUACCUAUACAAUCUAUAUAAU